AAAAGUUAUAGCCUACUGGCGCCAAAUGAAACAUGGCGGAUUCAGAAGUGCCGGACAGCUUUGGUGCAGUUCAGUGUCCCGUGUGUUCGGACAAGUUUCAGCCUGCGACUAUCAACGCGCACCUGGACAAUUGUCUGUCUGGAAACGACAAUCCGAAGUUAUCUACAACCGACAAUGAACCACCCUCCAAAAAAUCUCGCAUUUCUAACGAGUAUCCUCCUUGCACCUCAGCUGUCACGCCUGCGGGAACUGAUACGAAGUCGAGUAGUACCUCAUCAAUGUUUUCAAUGUUUCAGCAUAAACAGAAAAUGUCUGCAAAGGAACGUGAUGAAAACACUUCGAACACACAGAUUAAUGAUGCCUCAACUUCAACGGACAAAAAAACUGUCUCUCUAUCUGUGAGAGCGCUGCUUAACACUGACAAGCCAUUGGCAGAGAAACUGCGACCUAACACGCUUGAGGAGUAUUUCGGCCAAAACAAAGUUUUGGGGGAGCAUACAUUGCUUCGGUCACUCCUUCAAUCUCAGGAGGUUCCAUCACUCAUACUUUGGGGACCACCUGGGUGUGGAAAGACCACCCUAGCUCAUAUUAUUGCCAGCUCCAGUAAAAAGAAUGGCACUGCACGCUUUGUGGCGCUUUCUGCCACCAGUUCGUCCACCAAUGAGGUACGAGAGGUCAUCAAGCAAGCCCAAAAUGAGCUCCGCCUCUUCAAGAGGAAGACUAUCCUCUUCAUCGAUGAGAUCCAUCGUUUCAAUAAGUCCCAGCAGGACACCUUCCUCCCUCACGUGGAGUGUGGGACGGUCACGCUGAUCGGGGCGACCACCGAGAACCCCUCCUUCCAGGUGAACAGUGCCCUACUGAGCCGCUGUCGCGUGAUCGUGCUGGAGCGUCUGUCCGUGGAGGCGAUGGGCUCGAUCCUGAAGCGAGCAGUGGAUGCUCUGGGGAUACAACUUGUGCCAGUUGUCGAUUCGGAGGAUGGUUGCUCAGCCUCUGCAGCACUCCCGUCUGAGCCUCAGGUUUACAUUGAGCAGAAGGCCCUGGACACAAUUGCCCACCUGUGUGAUGGCGAUGCUCGUGCUGGACUGAACGGACUCCAGCUGGCAGUGCAGGCCCGGAUGGCUUCCCAUAGGGCGGGCAUGUCUGAUCCCAGCGGCGCCCCUACGCGCGUCCUCAUUCAAGAGGAGCAUGUCAAAGAGGGACUCCAGAGAUCCCACAUCCUCUAUGACAAAGCUGGUGAGGAGCACUACAACUCCAUCUCUGCACUCCACAAGUCUAUGCGGGGUUCUCACGAGAACGCUGCCCUCUACUGGUUGGGCCGGAUGUUGGAGGGAGGGGAGGACCCGCUGUACGUGGCACGCAGGCUUGUCCGCUUCGCCAGCGAAGACGUGGGUUUGGUGGACCCUGCCGCCUUGCCUCAGGCUGUGGCUGCCUUCCAGGCCGCCCACUUCAUUGGUAUGCCUGAGUGUGAGGUGAUUCUAGCCCAGUGCGUGGUGUACUUGGCCCGGGCGCCUAAGUCAGUGGAGGUCUAUAAGGCCUACAGUAACGUGAAGGCCUGCCUGAGGAACCACCGUGGUCCAUUGCCCCCAGUGCCACUCCACCUACGCAACGCACCCACCCGCCUUAUGAAGAACCUGGGCUACUCCAAAGGCUACAAGUACAACCCUGCCUUCAGCUCUCCUGUGGAUCAGGAUUACCUGCCUGAGGAGCUACGUGGACUGGACUUCUUUACCUGGACUCCCACCGACCAAUAAUGCCCUUUCUGGCUAGUGAGGUCUUCCUCUGGAGGGCUCUGCUUCAACUUAAAGUGGAAUGUCACUUGGCAUAGCAGGCCUCGUUGUGAGCUAGAUGUUUGCUAGCGUAUUGAAUGCAAUGGAAAUGAAAUGGCUUUGCAAAAAAGACAGGGAAUGCAGAGAAGUUUUGAUUUAUACAUUUUAUCCUGUGACCAAAAUGCUCCUGAUGAAAGGUAUCUCUUUUACCAUCAUCAUCAUAUAUGUAAUAAAUGUUUACCCAAACAA